CUCGGACGGCCAGUCACUUCAGUAUCCACGCCGGCACCACCACAGAAAAGCAAGGAGGUCCAACGUCGGAAAGAACCUUCUCCGGUUCCAUCAAGGCCGCUGAAGCGUUCAUCUCGUGUCGCGCAACGUAGAGAAGAAUUAACUAGUGAGUCGGAAUCCAGCCCAGAAAGGCCUCCGCGGAAGGUGGCAACUAAGGCGGUCAUUCCUCCCAACAAGUCGUCCGAACGUGUUAGUGCUGUUGGUCGGCCACCCACAAAACGUGCCGCAGCUGCUAUUAGCACUUCCAAGAAUCGUCGCGUCAUUUCAAGCGAGGACGAAAGCGAUGAGGAAGAACCAAUUACUGUACCGGAUUUGGUG